AUGACCGUGACAGACGAGUUGGAACAAAAUCAGCAGGGGGAUAAAAAGUCUAUCGAAAGUGUUCAAGCAAGUGCUAGUACAGAAAUGGCAGGUAUAAAAUCGGGAGGAAAGGUUGAAGAAUUAGAUAUGUCUGCUAUGUUGCAAUUACUAUCUGAAAUGAAAGAGACAAAAGCCAGUUUGGAGGAGCGAACAGACGAAAUUGAAGAUAGGGUAGACAAUGUGGAAGAUAAACUCAAUGAAGUCGAAUUAACAAUCAAACGGGAAGUGGAAGAAACCGCAAAGUAUUUUGAAUCAUUUUCGAGUGAGAGAAAAAUUAAAGAUAGGGAAAUGAUUACCAGAAUUGACUUACAUACGAAAAAUGUCGAUGACAAAUUGUCAUUGUUCGAAAACAAGGAAAAUUACCAUGAUAUAAUUUGACAGAUGAGGCGAUUAAGGGGACAAAUUCAAGAGGAGAAGACCAGCAGAAAGAGACGAGAAGACAACUAUUGAAGAUUACAUUAAUUACAUAAAAAACCAGUGGUUCGUUGCUUUGUGUAUCUGUCGAGAUCUCUUGCAAAAUACUUUUGCAUGAAAUGUCGAGGGGUGUGUGUAAUAUAACGGACUACUGUUGAGAGCGAUACCACCCUUAUAGUCGCAUCUGCCCUUGCAGGGUCAGUACUCCAAUUUCAUUUCUAUGAUUUUUUUAAUUUAAUAUUAUUGUAUGUAGUAUUUAAUUUUGCCCAAAUCUUUUUUAUUAUAUUAUUCUAUAAUGUGAACUUUAUUUGUUUAUUUCUGGAGAAUAUGUUGGCACCAGUGUGAGCCAAAGACAUUCGUGUGUGAAAGGUAGAGAGUCGAACAUUGUUAGGGUGACUGUUGGAGUGAGUUAGUUGGACUGUUGUGGGGAGAGCGUGGUUUUGUGAGGUGGACUGUUGAUGGGAGUACGGAAGGAAGUUGUCAUCUUAUAUAGAGAGUAUCUAUAAAUAGUAUGUGAUAUGAA